CGUAAAAUAUAAUACUCUACGUUUACGUGUAGACAACGUAAACUAUUUUAUAAAGCGUCAUCUAUGUAGACAGUCAGUAGACAAUGAAUUAAUAUGGCGUACAGGACGCAUAACCUAGCUCUUAUGGAAAAACAGUACGUUGAUUAACUAUUGUUCGAAGUGUUCCAUCACUUCCAUCGCGUAGUAAACGUUGCCGCAUUCUGUGCUGAACAUCUAAGAUGCCACGAAAAAUAAAUAGUGGAUUUAAUGAACUGGAUUUUACUCUGAUAAAAAGAAACAAUAAGUAUUAUGCACGUUGUGCAUAUUGCAGCCACGAUUUAACUAAUACAUCUUUUCUCCGUUUAAAAUCUCACAGAUCAAUAUGCAAAAAUACAGCUACAACAAAUCAAAAUUCCUCUCACAUAGACAUUCAUCAGGAAGAAGUAAUGAUUGUCGAUGCAGUUACAAGCCAAGAUUUGUCUCACAUAGAUGUUGAGGAAGAAAUAGUGUUUGUCAAUAACACAAAGCAAGUCAGUGCAGAGAAUAAAGAAAACAUUCCAAAUAACACGGCUCUUAUCACAAAAGAUUAUUAUGUAGUACCUAUCGAUCCAUUAUGUGAUACAGAUCAAUUAAUGGAUAAAACUGUACCUUCAUCAACUCCACCAUCAAUUGCAACGCGGUCAUCAAGUCCUCGUUCUUCGAAACGAAGAAAGAAGAACGAAUCGUUAAAUAGCUUCUUAGACAAAGUCUCGGAUAAAGAACUUAACGAAUUACAUACAAAACUAUGUAGUUUUUUUUUUGGAUGCAAUAUUCCUUUUAACGUUAUAGAGUCCGAUCACUUUAAAAAUUUUGUUAAAGCUCUUCGACCAGCUUAUAGGUUACAUUUACCAGGACGUAAAGCAUUAUCAUCGACUUUAUUAGAAAAAGAAUAUGAACGAUGUCUCAAAAUGUCGAAAGAUAUCAUCAAUCCUGAAUCGGUAUUACUUAUAGAUGGUUGGAAAAAUACUUCUAAUAACACGAAAACUGUUGUAACUAUAUUGCACAAUGCUAAAGGACAUGCUGCAUUUCUUAAUGCCUGGGAUGUUACUAGUGAAAGUGAAACAAGUGAUAAAUUAACCGAUAUUGUAAACAAAUCCAUCCAAUUAGCAAUGAAUUUAUAUGGUACAACAAUAUAUGCAGUAGUAUCAGAUAAUCCUUACUCGGCCUUUAUCAAUCGCAAUAACCACUGUAACGACCCGUGUCUUACUUAUUCUACUACGCAGGAUGGAUUCUGGUAG